AUGUCUACCAGCAACCUCAACCCUUCCAUCGCCCAUCACGGUCUCCCUCACGUUGGCACGUCAGCUUUCCCGACUACCAACGCUCUCACUGGCGAUUUUCUAGGUCUUCCUAUCCCCGACGACGAUCAGCUUUGGGGCCUUAGCCCAGUCUCUCCUGCUAUGGGUACCGGAUGGGAUGCCAAAGCAGAGGCCGCGGCCUUUGCCAGCUCAGCUUUGGAACGAGACUUGAAGAACGCUCAGGUCCGCAACGGCCAGCCUACACCUCCACCUUAUGAUGAGCAACACCUGCGCGAUUCCUCCAGCUUGGAUAUCGAAAGUGCCAGUCGUCGACGUCGAGCCCGCGAAUGCAAUACGGCCCUAGAUAGUCUGAGCCCCGAGCUGGAUGAAAAUCCAUACCAGGAGCGCGCAAAGCGGGCGAAAUUUCUUGAGCGCAACCGUCUGGCAGCAAGCAAGUGUCGACAGAAAAAGAAGGAACACACGCAGCGGCUCGAAUUCAGGUUCAAAGAACAGUCCGAAAAGAAAGACGGCCUUGUGUCGGAAAUUGCCCGACUACGCUCCGACCUCCUCCACCUGAAGAACGAAGUUCUGAAGCAUGCCCAGUGCGGCGAUGAACCCAUCAAGCUGCAUCUCGCGCAUAUGGUCAAGAAAAUCACCGAUACCGACGGCCGCCCUUCAGUGCCCCCGGAGCCCAUGGCGGAGGUUGCUGAGAAUAUUCCCACUUCCUCAUCCGAUAGCCCUCCUACCCCGAUUGCGGUGCUUCCAACCGCGACUCAUGCUUCUGUUGCGGUCCAGAGUUCCUCGGUCUUGUCCUUUGGCUUUGAUGACCCGAUGCAAUUAGAGCCUGCUGUAGUCGCUCCGGUUUUCGCCGCAGAUUCCUUGGAGCAGCAACUGCGUCGGGACUCAGAGACGACUAUGGUGUCGGAAUCGUCGUACGCCUUUUCAACAGAUGACGCAUUCGAGGACCUUAUCAACGUAUCUUGA